AUGCCCCCAGUGACGCCAGACGUAAUAGAAAUACUUGACGACGAAGGUGCUGGUUCGGAGUCGGAAGAUAACGCAUCCACAGCCUCUAAAUCCGGGCGAAAAAGAAAACUUGACGCCGAGAUCGAAGAGAAAGUUGAGUGGACUGGCGAUGAGGAUGAUCUACCCGUGAAGACCAAAAAACGACGCGGCAGGCAAAAGUCGACUCGCAAGAAGAGAGGCGAUGAUGUUCACGGAGAAAAUGAGGCACCCAAAGAAGAUUUCGAACUAGCAGGCUUGCCCGAGUACCUGAUCGAGCGAAGGCGAAAGUUCGACUCUAAGAGGAAACUUCACCAUGAUGCUGCGCUUAUGGUACCCCCCGAUUACUCGGGAAUUCAAUUUGAAGAAACGAGAAGACUUAAAGAACUAGAAGAGCGGCCAAAGUUUAGCGAGAGAAGUGGUAUCAAGCCUUCUCGACCAUACAAGGACAUCGAACUUCCUCAAUCAGCAGGUCUCAUCCCAGCAUCAAUCGCACAGUACCUACGAGACUAUCAAGUCGCCGGAGUAUCAUUUCUGCACAGGAAAUUUGUUUACCAAGAAGGCGGUAUACUGGGAGAUGACAUGGGUCUUGGUAAGACGGUACAAGUGGCUGCCUUUCUCACUGUUGCGUUUGGCAAGACUGGCGAUGAGCGCGAUGCCAAGCGGCUGCGACAAAUACGUCAGUACCCUGACAGAUGGUACCCGAGAAUAUUGAUUAUAUGCCCUGGGUCUUUGAUCAUGAACUGGAAGAAUGAACUCGAACGUUGGGGUUGGUGGCAUACCGAUCUGUUUCAUGGGAGUCACAAAGAAGAUGCGCUGAGUACUGCCCGUGCAGGUCGACUCGAGAUCAUGAUCACCACGUACGAUACAUACAAGAAUAGCCGGAGCUCAAUCAACAUGGUUCAAUGGGACGCUGUAGUCGCGGACGAAUGCCAUCGUCUCAAAGACAGAUACUCGGAAACCACCAAGGCUCUGAAUGAAAUCAACGCACUUUGCCGUAUUGGCCUGACCGGAACGGCAAUUCAAAACCGUUAUGAAGAGCUCUGGACAUUGUUAGACUGGACCAACCCCGGACACUUUGGAACGCUUCCAGAAUGGACACAAAGAGUGACCAAACCGUUGACUGUUGGCCAGUCUCACGAUGCAACCGUUGCACAGCUCAGUUUAGCAAGAACUACAGCCGACAAACUGGUUCACAACCUUUUGCCACAGUACUUCCUUCGGCGAAUGAAGACUAUCAUAGCGAAGCAGCUGCCCAAGAAAACCGAUCGAGUUGUCUUUUGCCCCCUUACAGAUCUUCAGAGGGAUGCGUAUGAGAACUUCUUGGAGAGCGCGGAUAUCGACACCCUUCGCAGCCUUUCAGAACCUUGUUGUGAAGGCAAGAAAAGAGGAUGGUGCUGCGAUCGUCUACUUCCUAGUGGUACCCGAUGGCAGAACAUUGUGUUCCCUAGCAUGAUGGUGCUGCAAAAGCUGGCAAACCACCUGACUCUUCUCGUGCCACAGACUACUGAUCUGGAAACCAAGCACGAGUCAGAUCUCAACACCCUCCGGACCUGUUUACCUGAUGCUUGGAAAUAUGUCUACGACAAUCGGGAUCGGAUUAAGAAUCUGGUUAAUCCUGAGUUUUGUGGAAAAUGGAAAGUACUGAAGAAGUUGCUCAAAUUCUGGCAUUCGAAUGGCGACAAGGUUCUUGUGUUUUCCCACAGCGUACGGCUUCUUCGCAUUCUACAGCACCUGUUCACCAACACGAGUUAUAGUGUUAGUUAUUUGGAUGGCUCGUUGAGCUAUGAACAGCGCCAGGAGGUUGUGGAUACAUUCAACUCUGAUCCUACACAGUUCGUUUUCCUCAUCUCAACCAAAGCCGGAGGUGUAGGACUCAACAUCACCUCUGCGAACAAAGUUGUUAUUAUUGAUCCUCAUUGGAACCCGUCUUAUGAUCUUCAAGCCCAGGACCGAGCCUAUCGUAUUGGCCAGACUCGCGAUGUCGAGGUUUUCCGUCUCAUUUCACUGGGUACAGUUGAAGAAAUUGUUUAUGCGCGUCAGAUUUACAAGCAGCAGCAAGCCAAUAUUGGCUAUACUGCGUCAUCUGAGCGCCGCUAUUUCAAGGGUGUUCAGCAGGACACAGACCGAAAGGGUGAGAUCUUUGGUCUUGCCAAUAUCUUUACGUAUCACAACGACAGCGGUUUACUACAAGACAUCGUCAAUAAGACAAAUAUCGCCGAAGCUAAGGCGGGUGUGCACCUCGUUGAUGUCGACAUGGAGAAGGCGGCCAAAGAUGGAGAGGACCUUGGCAUAGUAAAGAACGAAGAGCCUGAUGCCGAGGAUGGUGGAAUGAGCCAACUAGCUACGCUUCUUACAGCUGAGAACCAGCAACGGAUACUGGAUUCCAAAAAGGCAAACAAGCCUAAAAGCGACGCGAUCCAAGCAAUCCUCACUUCUGCCGGUGUCGAGUAUACGCACGACAACAGUGAGGUAAUUGGAACGUCCAAAAUCGAGGAACAACUCUCGCGACGAGCAGCCAUGGUCUCAUACUCAUCAGGGGACAUUGAAGGUCAGAGUGCCCUCUUUGCAGAAGGCGACGAUGGGCGUGGUGAUGGUUUGCAUACCAUGUACAACCCCCCUGAAGAGGUUAUGCUACGACACUUCUGCGAAAUGGCCAAAGAAUUUGGCUUUGCGAAUGCGACAGAUUUUGCCUUGGUUGUGGAGAGCUGGACCCAAGAGGCCAGGCGGAAUUGCCUGGACACAUUCUACAAGAGAAGAGAAGCUAAGCUUAUACGUGAAGGGAUCAUCAAGGAAGAGGAUGUGAAGGAUGCUGCUAAGGUUGAGGCAAACGAUGCAGAAGCCAAGAUUGAAACUAAGAACGAGGUUAAAGACGAGAAGGUGGAGGUCAAGCCGGCUAUCAAAGAUGAAGCUAUGAAAAUGGAUGACACCAAGGAGACUGGUUUAAAAACAGAGAACACAAAGACGGAGAUGACCGACACGAAGAUGGAGGGAGAGAAAAAGGUCAAAACUGAAGUCGCGGGGUCUAGUAUGCGGACCUCGAUCUUCCUUUCAGACGAUGAUGAUGACGAUGAGUUGUAA